AUGCAGUUCAAGUCCACCCUCCUCACCACCGCCCUCCUCCUUUCCUCCGCCGCCUGGGCCCAGGACAACAACAACAACAACGCCGUUGGCUCAAUCGUCUCCGCCGCCGAGAGCAUUGCCUCCGGUGGUGAGAACGUCGCCUCCGACAUCAAGUCCGACGCAACCUCCAUCGCCAGCGCCUUCCAGACCGGCGGCGCCGCAGCCGUCUCCUCGCUGACCUCCGAGGGCGCCAGCGCCGCCUCCAACAUCCAAAGCUGGGCCACCUCGGUCGCCUCUUCCAUCGCCUCCGACGCGUCCUCCAUUGCCUCCGACGCUUCCUCCAAGUGGACCAGCCUCACCACCCUCACCGACUCCAGCGGCAGCGCAACCGCCACCCAGACCUCCACCGGCUCGCUGUCCUCCACCACCGCCAUCAUGACCCAGACCAGCACCAUCGUCUCGGGCUCGCAGACCCGCACCGAGACGAGCACCAGCACCUCCACCGGCGCUGUGAAGCCUUCCAGCACGUCCGAGGGUGCUGCGGCCCAGGCGACGCCUUUCCUGCCUAUGGGGAUGGUCGGUGUCGCUGGUGUGCUCGGUGUGAUGGCUGCUCUGUAA